CUGUGGCUGUUCUAGGGUUUAACAUACAGUAGGGUUUUUGAUUCACAGCGUCCGAGAUUCCCAUACCAUUUGUGGGAAAAAUCCUUCGAGAGCCCUCUCGACCCCACACGGACGUUGUUGUUCUUAACCAGCCAAAACCCUAGAAUUGUUUUUUUCGACUCGAAUUUCUGAGGUUUUGGCGAGAAUGGAAGACUUAGACGACGAUUUCGGUGAUCUUUACGCCGACGUCGAAUUUCAACCGAGUUCCGCGAUCAACUGCAUUCCUUGGUUCGCCAAAUCGUACGUAGAACGAAUGGAAGUUGAAGGAGAAGAAGGAGGAGGAGGAGGAGAAGAUGAUGUUACCGAUUCCAAGGAAUUCGAUAUGGUUCAUGGCGAUUCGGAUCAGAAACUAAUUGGUUCCGAGGCGAAUAGUGGGAAGGAGAUGAAUGUGGAUAACGGAAGUGAUAGUGAGGACGAUCUGAACAUAGUUUUGAACGACGAGGAUUGUAAGAACUAUCCGAUUGCGAGCGGUGGGAAUGCGAAGAAUGGAGGGGUUAUGGGAGGUGGUGGUCAUGGUGAGGAUGAGGAUGAUGAUUUUGUUGUUGUUGGUGAGGGAAGUGGGGGGUCGGAGCCUAGUUCUAAUGGGCAUGGCGGUGAGAGAGGAAAUGGGGCGAGGGGUGUGUAUAACUCGCAGUAUACACGGUACAAGUAUAUGAGACCUCAUGGAGCAGCAUUUCCAAGCAAUAUGAGAGGCAAUGGACCUGUGGGGAUGGCAUCCUACUCUUCCAUGUUGGCUAGAGGUAACAGGGAUGAUAGUCCUUGCAACCAGCACAAGGGCUCAAACGCAGGUCAGGUUGUCCCUGUUCGUGCUACAGCCAAUUCGGUUCCGGGUGGAAAUUGUUUCUCGCUUCCUUGGAACAGGACUAUACUUGAUGUAAAUAUUGAUACAUUUGAGGAAAAGCCGUGGAGGUUUCCUGGAGUGGAUAUAACUGAUUUCUUCAAUUUUGGUUUCAACGAAGAUACUUGGAAAGAAUACUGCAACUCUCUGGAGCAAUUUCAGCAACAAGCAUUCAUGCAGAGUGGGAUCCCUGUUUGUGGGUCGUUAAAAAUUAACCAGGCUUGCGAAUCUAAAUGUGAGUAUGAGAAAGGAUUUCAGGAUACUGCAGUGGAGGAAAAUCAAGUUGGAUUGCAGAGGAUAAUUUCUCCUUCAUCCAAAUUUGUUGAUAGCAAAGUGAGACAGUUGGAAGUGCCAAAAGGUAGAGCAAUUCAGGUUGAAGACAGUGCUGGUGAACGCCAGCCAUCUAUGGAUGUAAGGCGUUCACGUACUCGGGAUUCUGAUGUGAUACAGAUUACUGUGCAGGACCCCAUUGAGGAUUCCUCUGUUUCUGGAAAGGAGGAGGUGCACCAUAUAGAUAGCACUGUACAUGCUGCAUCUGAAAAUGGGAAUUCUGAUGCUGAUGAUAGCAGCGAUAUUUACUGUUCUGGUAAUGUCAGUGAAGAUGAACCAUCUGUACAAUCUCAGGAAGGGAAUGUCAGAAGAUUUGACAGGUGUUCCCAGUUGACAACUGCAUAUAAUCCAAUGAAUCUCGACGCUGGUAAACAUGAAAAUGAAAAGAUCCCUGGUGUAAAUGUGCAUCAACAUCAAAAGGGGAAGGUUUACCCUUCAGAAGGAGUCACAGAAGGAAUGGAAACAGUAAAUAAAACACACAGAGGUAUUAGCAGAAAUUCUUUCAGUGGAGAUCCUUUCGUGGAGGAAACAGAAUUAUCACUUAGCGAUCAUGGUCAGCUUAGCCUGGAUUCAUCUUGCUAUCGAAGUGAUUCUGAAGAAUCCAGAGACAGUGUUUGUGCUGAUUUGGAGAGAACUUAUAGUCCUUUAAAAAGGCCAUCACUGAAUUCUAGUGCUGAAUUGCUGGACUCUGUCACAUCUUACCACAAGAACUCUAAAAGCAGCAGUGCCAAAUCAAAAUUGGGUGAUAUGAAGUUAAGAAAUAAAGGUUCCACUCGAGAGGAACAGGAGCAUUGUAGUAGGAGAGGCAAUGGUGUUGCUAAACCAAAGAUUCAUCCUGAGGAUAAUGAUGAUGCCUCCCAUAUGUGGGAUGCAGAGGACCUAGGUGAAACGGAUCACUCAUUGGUUAAAUGUAGCAGACAAAAGGAAAGGAAGCAAAGGUUUGAACGUAGAGACACAGAAGAUCUCCCAUAUCAUAGGGAAAAAGAGUUUUCCAGCUGUAAUGGUGGUGAAAAGUUUGCUGACAAUGGUGUUCGGACAGCUUACAGAAAACAUCCUUAUAGGAAAGGUAAUCACAACCUCAGAGACGGGAUGGAUUCCUAUGCUAGAAAAAAAUGGGACGAAAAGGAGUAUUUUAAUGGACAAAAAAGUCCUAGAGUAAAUGAUGAAGAGAGAGAUAGAGAUUGGUAUCAUCAUGGAGGAGGAUUCUCUACGGAUUACUUGAGUCGUUUCACUUAUGGGGAGUCCAGGCAGUUGAAUUCAAGGUAUUCCUCCUGCAGUGUUGAAGAAAGGGAUACUCGGUGGAGGAGGAAGCAUAGCAAAAUCCAACUUAGGAAGAGAACCAACGAUGAUGCUCAUUGGCUUGAUUAUAAACAUGAAGACCACUUUGUGCCAGGACAAUAUGGAAGACCUGCUUCAUUUCUUGAUAGGAACCUGGAUUUUUUGGAUGAAAAAUAUGAAAGAAAGUUACCAUAUAUUGGGAGAGAAUUGAAAAACUCUGGCAGAAGGGAUGGAUAUGAUGAUAGUCCCCCUUUAGAUUUGGAUAACCCUUGGUCUCAUGAAAUUGAAGAUGAUUAUCGAAGAGAGACGGAUUAUCAGUCUUUGAACUCUUGGUUUUACAGGGAAUCCUAUAUAGCUGGAGGAUGUCAGCAUGAUACCAUGUCUCCAAGAAAUGAUGUGUAUGACUCGAGAUUAACUGAAAGAUAUGGGAGACGUAGGAGACAAAUAUUUGCUGGGAAAGUUAGAGACAAUGGUUGGCUUAAUUGUCAUAAUGGUGGCAAUGACUUAGAAGAUUGUAUUGUAUAUCCUGAUGAUCAGGACCAUCUCAAUCAGAGAAGAUAUAGCUGCCAAUCUAGAUUGCACUGGUCUGAGGAUGAAUUAAUCCUAAGGCAUCGAGAUGAUAAAUUCUAUGUGGAAGAGGCAUCCCUUUCAUAUAAGAAAACUACAGGGCAUGAAAGGAUUUGUGGAAGAUAUGGAUCUGCGCAUGAUGGUAGGCUUAGUGAUGAAAUGCAAGUACAGCAGCAGAGACUCAAAAUGAUUAAAGGAGGAAGUAGCACCUACUGUUUUAACAGAAGUUCUAAGAUUAUAAAUAGAGAAAAGCAUGAACAAGCAGUGCUGAGGUGCAGGGAUUCAGUUGACUUGGUUGUUGGGGAAGGAAAGUCUCCCAGAAGAUGUACCAAAAGUGGAAGUUUGAUGAGCAAUGGUAGGUCUGGAAACAUGGGUCAGAAGAUUGAUAAGAAGCGGGCAGCUUUGAUGGAUUCUAAUGAACCUCAUAUGGAGAAGGCAGUCCAAUCCGACUUCCCAAGAACUGAGAGCAGCCAAAACAUUGCAAAAUGUCUUGACAAGUUUCCCAUAACUGAACAUAAUGAAGAUUUGGACAUUGAGGAGGGUCAGAUAGUAACAGAAGAGCCAAAUGCAGAGGACUCCUUCAGAAGGAGAGGUGUCUCUCAAGAUGCAGCACUGACAUGCAAUGUGAAGAGGAGAAUACUUGGCAGUGAAAAUGGUUCCAAUGCGAAUAAGGUUAUUGAGGGUUAUGACAACCAACGGAUUCUUGAGACAAUAGCAAAGAUGGAGAAACGAAGGGAACGCUUUAAGGAGCCCAUUGCUCUGAAGAAAGAACCAGGCAACAGUCUCAACCCCGAGGUUGACUUGAUAGUUGACACAGAUGAAACUAAGCAACAAAGGCCGGCCCGAAAGAGGCGGUGGGGUGGUAGUUAGGUUCUUAAAGUUAAAGUUACAGUUAGCUUCGAAUUUUGUUGUUAGGUUCUUAAAGGUCUCAGGGCAUGAAGUCUUCCUUACAAGGCUUAAAUUGGAUUUGAAGGAGGCUGAUAGGAAUAAACAACUCUGUAAUUGACAUAUGUUCAGGUCAGUUUUUUGUUUAUUUAUUUCUUUUCCCUUAAAGAGGAACUGAGAUAGAGCUAAUAUUGAGGAGUAUUCAGUUUUUUCUAUAUGUAAUAAAGUUUAAUGGGUCAAUAACUUUGGUGAAAAUGCAUAAUUAUGGGGUUGUUCAAACUCUAUUGUCAAAAGGCUUAACAGUUCUUUGAUGUUCAUAACAAUAUAAUUUUGGUUUUUUGCUGACCUUUUCUAAA